CUCUCUCCGUCUGUGUGUACAUACACUAAAAUGGCAGAAGGCAAUUUUUCUCAAGACAAGUUCAGCUGUUCGGUGUGUUUGGAUCUAUUGAAUGAUCCAGUGACCAUUCCCUGCGGACACAGUUACUGUAUGAGCUGUAUUACAGACUGCUGGAAUCAGGAUGAUCAGACGGGAGUCUACAGAUGUCCUCAGUGCCGACAAACCUUCACUCCAAGACCUGCUUUAUAUAAGAAUGUGAUGUUUGCUGAAGUGGUGGAGGAACUGAAGAAGAAAAAACUCCAGACCUCUCAUCCUGAUCACUGUUACGCUGGACCUGGAGAUGUGGAGUGUGACGUCUGUACUGGGAACAAAAAAUACAAAGCUGUCAAAUCCUGUCUGGAGUGUCUGAACUCUUACUGUCAAAAUCACCUUGAUCAACACGAAAAAUUCUUUCAGGUUAAAAAGCACGAUCUGAUGGAUCCAACUGGACGACUCCAUGAGAUGAUCUGCCCAAAACAUAAAAAACAUCUGGAAAUUUUCUGCCGUACCGACCAGCAGUACAUUUGUUAUCUGUGUACGAUGGACGAACAUAAAAACCAUGAAAUUGUCACAGCAGUAGCAGAGAGGACUGAGAAACAGAACAUUUUAGGAGAGACACAGAGAAAAGUUCAACAGAGAAUCCAGGAAAGACAGAAAGAGAUUCGGGAUCUGAGAGAGGCUGUGAUGUCUCAUAAGAGAUCUGCACAGACAGCAGUGGAGGACAGUGAGAAGAUUUUUACUGAGCUGAUCCGCUCCAUUGAGAGACAUCGCUCUGAGGUGACACAGCUGAUCAGAGAUCAGGAAAAGACUGCAGUGAGUCGAGCUGAAGGACUCUUAAAGCAACUGGAGCAGGAGAUGUCUGAUCUGAAAAGGAGAGACGCUGAGCUGGAGCAGCUUUCACAAACAGACAAUCACAUCCAUUUCCUGCAGAGUUUUCAGUCUCUCUCUGCAGCUCCUGAAUCUAAAGUCUCACACAACAUUUUUGUCAGUUCUCUCCUCUCUUUUGAUGAUGUGAGAAAAUCUCUUUCUCAACUGAAAGACAAACUGGAGGAUGUUUGUAGAGAUGAGAUAGAAAAGAUAUCUGAUAGAGUUACAUCUAUUAGAAUUAUUUCUGAUGAACCCAAAACCAGGAACGAGUUCUUGCAAUAUUCCAGUCAGUUCACAAUGGAUUUAAACACAACAUAUAAACACCUCCAUCUGUCUGAUGGGAACAGAGAGGCUACUGACACUAAUACAGACCAGCAGUAUCCUGAUCAUCCAGACAGAUUUGAUUACUGGCAGCAGGUGUUGUGUAAAGAGAGUGUGACUGGACGCUGUUACUGGGAGGUUGAGUGGAGUGGAAGUGCCGGUGUGUCAAUUUCAGUGUCAUAUAAGAGCAUCAGCAGGAAGGGAAAAGAUCAUGUGUGUGUGUUUGGGUGGAAUAAUCAGUCCUGGAGUUUACUCUGCUCUCCCUCCAAAUAUUCAUUUGAGCACAAUCAUAAAUUGACUGAACUCCCUGUGUCCUCCAUUUGUUCUAGAAUAGGAGUGUAUGUGGAUCACAGUGCCGGAUCUCUGUCCUUCUACAGCGUCUCUGACACAAUGACCCUCAUCCACAGAGUCCAAACCACAUUCAAUCAACCUCUCUAUCCUGGGUUUUAUGUUAAUAAAGGAGCUACAGUGAAACUAUGUCGUCUGAAAAAACAAAUCCUACAUAAAUUUCAUAAAUAAUACUAAAUUCAGCAUUACAGUAUUGCUAAAUAUAUUACAAUCUGAAAUCAAAGAAAACAUGGGCAUUGAAAAUGAGUAGUGUUAGAUUUACUCACUGUUUUACUUAUUUUAAAAGACAUAUAGUUAGUUUUUAAAGGCAGGGCGCACGAUUUUUGAAAAACGGAGUUGGGCCGAGUACCAAAACACACUUGUAUACUAUUCGACAUCAUUGCCUGGGUUGCGUAUGUGUGGGGCGGGUCUAUCAAAAGAAGGUCCAGAUUCUAUUGGGGUAGUGGUGUGUUCGUUUAGGUGAUUUCAAAUGUCAACAUUGGCUUUCAGAGAUCGUGCACCACAUUUUUAAUCUUCGCUUUGUCACAGCAGGUUUAUUGGACAUUUUGCAGGUCUAUAAAAACAUUUAGUUUUUCCCACUUCGUUUGAUUCACAUAAUAAAUGCUAAUAUUUUUCUUGAGAAGGAUGUGUAAGGGGUCAAACUCAAGAAUUAGGCAUCUCGCAACAAAAAGAGUUUGCGGCAGUUCGUAAGCUGACCCGUCCCUGUCCACAUCAUUCACUGUAAACCCGAACAUAACAAUCUACUCAUUUAAAAAGAGUGAACUAAACUCAAACGUGUAAAAAAAAAUUCAUUCAACUUAAAAGUUUUAUGUGUUUUCAACAAGUUCACCAUUUUAAGUUUCACGAACUCAAAAUUUUUUAUUUAUUACUUCCAAACGGACUCAUUUUAAUACCACAGCCUGUAAAAAACACUGCAAAUAAUGACAAACUUUUGGGGGUUGUGAUGAGUGUGAUUAAAUUUGCCAGGUAAGCUAUGAAAGAGUCUGGCACUGCAAAUUUACUUCAGUUUAAAGUUAAAUCAACACGAAUGGUUGGGGAGGUUCCAGUUCCCAGCAUGCUUUGCAUGAGCAUUUUUUAAAUUAAGUGAUAUUUUAUGUAGUUUUCAGUAAAUGGAAAGACUCAAUAGUGUUAAGCAUUCAUUUAUGUUGGAGACCCUACUGAAAAAUCCAGCUAAGCCCAGCAUAAGCUGGUGACCUGGUUUUAGCUGGUCUCCCUGCUUGAUUUUAGCUAGUUUUACUGGUGUAGGAAGCUGGGCUAGCUGUGUUUUGGUCAC